GGAGGAGGAGGAGGAGGAAGCAGGACUGGGCAGGGAGGUGUGUGGUUCUGCUUAAAAUCCACUCUAAGCACACGCAGCACGGCCAGAAGGCGGCUUUAAAGCAGCCUUCUGCACAGACUCUAGUGAAGGAAGAGGAAGCAGUCCAGAUCUCUACAAGCUCUUUCUUUUUGUCUGCAUGAUAUUUCAUGGCCUCUGAUUCGUCUUCAGUCUGGUGAGUCUGUGCAUCUGCAGGUCGGAUGUUAGCGUUUUUGUCACAGCUGGUGCGAUAUUAAAGCCUGUUCUUGGAGUACGUGAGCAUCGAGUGUCAGGGGAGCGAUGAGAGCUGAAGUGCUGGCGCUCUGGGUCGCUCUGACCCUGUGCUGUGCACUUGUCUGGACCCACGAAGCCACAAUACAGAACCCGCUUUCCGGGAGCCGGGUUCAGAAGAGAGAAGCUCUAGGACUUCAAAAACACAGGAGAGCGAGGGAUGAGGCAGGCAGCGACAGUGAGCCUGCUGCAGGGUUGGAGGAGGAGAAGGCCAAACCAAAGAAGAAGAAAACCCCCGAGGAAAUAGAGGCAGCCAGAGCAAAGAAGGCGGCAGAGAAGGAAGCCAAAGCCAAGAAGCAGAAAGCUCCUAAACCCACCAAAAAGCCCAAACCCCCCAAACCCACCAAGAAACCCAAACCGCCCAAACCCACCAAGAAGCCGAAGGCGCCCAAACCCACCAAGAAGCCGAAGGCGGCGACAAAGACCCCGACCACCACGCAGCCGGACGUUGGGCGUCCCUUCCUGGAGGAGGAGGAGGAGGAGAGGCUGCUGAUCGAGCUGGGCCGGGACAAAUUGAUUCCACCUCCGACUCCCAGCAGCACAGAACCCGUUGAGCCAGACUGGGUGCCAAAUCGACAUCUGGACAAGAAGCAAACCACCACAACCGAGGUCAUCAUGUACAUACCAGAGGAAACCACCCCGGUGCCGUAUGUGGACCCCCUGUAUGAAGAAUACGAUUACGGUGAAGUGGCUGCAAGGAAACAAGAGGAGGAGGAGGAGCGAGCUCGGAAGGAGAAAGCAGAAAAAGCGGAGCGACUGAGGAAGAAGUGGGAGGAGGAGGAAGAAGAGAGGCUGAAGCAGAUUUCAAUCCCCGCUGAACCCAAAAUAUGUCCUCCCCUGGGUUUGGAGUCUCACCGGGUGGACGACGACCAGCUGCUGGCUUCGUCCCAGUCCCACCACGGCUUCACGGCCCAGAGGGGGCGCCUCAACAUGCAGGGCUCGGACAACGACGAAGACCUCUACGGAGGAGCGUGGUGCGCGGAGCCCGAGGACAAGAACCACUGGUUCGAGGUAGAUGCCCGCAAAGAGGUGGAGUUUAGUGGCGUCAUCACUCAGGGAAGGAACUCGGACAAACAUGAGGACUUCGUUUCCUCCUACUUUGUGGCCUUCAGUAACGACAGCCGCGACUGGACUGUCCUCCACGACGGCUACGCUGAGUGGCUCUUCUACGGUAACGUGGAUAAGGACACGCCGGUGAUGAACCAGUUUUCCGGGCCCGUGGUGGCGCGCUACAUCCGGAUCCUGCCGCAGAGCUGGAACGGCAGCCUGUGUCUGCGGGCCGAGGUCCUGGCCUGCCAGCUGCCCAGCGCCUACCGCAGCGAGAAUGAGGUCAACCCAUCGGACGACCUGGACUUCAGGCACCACAACUACAAAGAGAUGAGACAGAUGAUGAAGGUGAUAAACGAUGAGUGUCCCAACAUCACCAGGAUUUACAACAUCGGUAAAAGCUCCAAAGGCCUGAAGAUGUACGCCAUGGAGAUCUCCGACAACCCGGGGGAACAUGAGAGUGGUGAGCCAGAGUUCCGCUACACGGCUGGUCUCCACGGUAACGAGGCGCUGGGCCGAGAGCUCGUCCUGCUGCUGAUGCAGUUUCUCUGUAAGGAGUACAACGACGACAACCCCCGAGUGCGGCGCCUGGUGGACGGCGUGAGGAUCCACCUGGUGCCCUCGCUCAACCCAGACGCCUACGAGCUGGCCUACGAGAUGGGAUCAGAGAUGGGAAACUGGGCACUGGGCCACUGGACGGAAGAAGGUUAUGACAUUUUCCAAAACUUCCCAGACCUCAACAGCGUCCUGUGGGGAGCCGAGGACCGAGGCUGGGUGCCUCGUAUAGUCCCCAACCAUCACAUCCCGCUCCCAGACAACGCCCUCAACGGCUCCCUUGCUGUGGAGACCAAAGCCAUCAUCUCCUGGAUGGAGCGCAACCCAUUUGUGUUGGGAGCUAAUUUGCAAGGAGGAGAGAAACUGGUCGUUUACCCCUUCGACAUGCAGCGCCCGCCCAUUUCAUUAACCGACAGCCGGCGCUGGAGGUCCAAUUCUGACAUGAGCGAGGAGACGUGGGCCCGUAUUCAGCGGCAGAACGAAGGGGCCCUGAGGGAGACGCCAGAUGAAACCAUGUUUCGCUGGUUGGCCAUGUCCUACGCCCACAGCCAUCUGACCAUGACGGAGACCCAGCGAGGCUCCUGUCACGGAGAUGAUGUCACUGGGGGACAGGGCAUCGCCAACAGAGCCAGCUGGAAGCCAGUGGUGGGCAGUAUGAACGACUUCAGCUACUUGCACACCAACUGCUUUGAGCUCUCCAUCUUCUUGGGCUGCGACAAGUUUCCCCACGAAAGCGAGCUUUCGCUGGAGUGGGAGAACAAUCGCGAGGCUCUGCUGGCCUUCAUCGAACAGGUCCACCGAGGGAUAAAGGGCGUCGUGAAAGACGUGGAGGGAAAUCUACUCGUCAACGCCACCAUAUCAGUGGAGGGAAUACGACACGACGUCCGAACUGCUGCAAACGGUGACUACUGGAGGCUGCUGAAUCCCGGCGAGUACAAGGUGACGGCCAAAGCCGACGGCUACACGCCUCAGAGCAGAACCUGCGUAGUCGGCUACGACCCCGGAGCCACUUCCUGCAGCUUCACUUUAGCCAAAUCCAACUGGAACCGCAUUAAAGAAAUCAUGGCUUAUCACGGCGAGAGGCCCAUUCGGCUCGUCACCAAACCGAAGGUGGUGAAGGCGACUGCGGCCAGCGCGGUGGCGAGCAGCACCGCCGCAGGGACGGACCCUCGCUCCAACUCUGCGAGGGGAAAGCGGAUAAGACAGAUUUUGCUUAAUCGCAGGAAGCAAGCCCAAAAAAGACGUCAAAGCUCCACCACAACAACAGCAACCACCACCACCACAACGACGACAACAACAACUACACCACCACCUAAACCCGAGAGUACGACCCCCUGGUACGACUCCUGGUUCCCGGUGGACGGCUGGUCCACAGAGAACCCGUUUGAUAGCGUCAUCUUUGACUCCAUGCCCACACAGGACUAUCAUUUUGAGUACAGCAUCGACUGACCACCUCUAGUAUGAGCCCACCUUUGUGUUCGAUGGAGACACAAGCAAAUCAUUACUUCACAGCUUGAAUAUUUCAGAGGAAUUUAAUAUGCAGAAGCGACGUUUGUUUUAGAAAACUCAUUAUGAGGAAAUGAUCUGGAAAAUAAAGGCUCUGCUGAGCAGAGACUGUUUGGCACCAAUCCAAUAAGACAAAAAUAAAAGAAUACAUUUAGUUACGUCUCCAUGAGAAUAAAUAUACAUCUUUGUUACUUUCAAGGCUUUGAAGUUGUGUUACUCAUUUACUUUACUGCUAAAUGCAUCUGACUGAAAUAAAGUUUCUAAAUAACUGUA